AUGUUGAAUUCGCCCGCAUCUUUCUCACGGCGGUCAGGUUCUUCGAAGAAGCGACGCGCGCCUACGGAUUCGGAGACCGGCGUUCAAGACGAUCAAGACGCUCCGCCGAAGAAAGCUACCAAACUCGCCCCGAUAUUUGCUACUCCUGCCGAUAAGAGCGCCAAGUCCGAGAUGCUUCCCGGGGUGUUUAGAUGGCUGAAGCCGCUUGGCGCGAAACGGACGUGUCUUUUCGGACUUCAUCUCGACCCGUUAGCGGCAGUCACUGCCUCGACACCCGUGCGCGUCGCGGCUUUCGACUUGGAUGGAACUCUCAUAGUGUCACCCUUCGAUAAGUCGAAGGGGAAAGCAAAGGGGAAGGGGGGUGGCGGGGCGUUGAGUGGGUCUGGAGGGUUUCAGUGGUGGAAUGCCGUGGUACCCAAGAAGUUAGAAGAGGUCAAGGAGCAAGGAUAUGUGAUUGCGUUGAUAUCGAACCAGAAAGUCACUGGCAAGACUAUGGACAAGUUCAAGGAACGCCUACCGCUCAUCGCAAGAAAGAUACCCAAGAUACCCUUCUUUGCGUACGCAGCCACAACAGCAGAUGAGUUCCGGAAGCCCAUGCCUGGCAUGUGGCUCGCGCUCGAGCAGUUACUCUCCAAACGCGGUCUCUCGAUAGACAAGGAGAACUCGUUCUUUGUUGGUGACGCCGCGGGUCGCGCCGAAGACUUCGCCAGCACUGACCGCAAACUCGCCGUCAACAUCGGUCUACCGUUCUAUACUCCCGAGCGCUACUUUCUGGACGCUGGACCGACAGAAGCCGAGCUUCCGCCUCUAACGGGUUUCCGUCCACCCACAGCAUCUGAGCAGCCGGCAUCAGAGGCCGAGCGCGUCUCCGAACCUGAACUUCCCAUUACAAGGACGGAACAAGAGAUUGUCAUCUUCGUCGGCCCACCGUGUGUCGGAAAGAGCACGUUCUACAAGACGCGUUUCAAGGAGGCGGGAUACGUACUCAUCAAUCAAGAUACCCUCAAGUCGCGCCCCAAAUGCUUGAAGGCUACCGAGGAGGCUUUGGAGAAGGGCUCAAGCUGCGUCGUUGACAACACCAAUCGAGAUGCUGCAACUCGGAAGAGUUACGUCUCGCUGGCCAAGAAGGCAGGUGUGCCCAUCCGAUGUUUUGUCUUUGACGCGGCAAUCGAGCUCGCAUGGCAUAACAACCUAUAUCGCGCCUUCAUCGAGCCUUCUACCGAUUCGCGAAGAAGCGCUACACAUGCAUCAGAUACGGCAGAACUCUCCACUAAGAGUGACCGGGCAGGAGCUUCUCGCGAGCUUGUACCCUACAUCGCUUUCACGGGCUUCCAGAGCGCGUAUGAGGCUCCCCAGGCCGAUGAAGGCUUCGCGGAGAUGCGUACCGUGCGAUGGAUGUUCGAAGGUGACGAAGUGGAACGGAAAGCGUGGGAGAUGUGGCUCCAGAUUAGUGGAAAGUGA